GGGAUACACGUGCUGGAAUAUAUGUGCUUUGGUUCUUUUUUUCUUCUUCUAAAUUUAAACAAAUGAAAUUCAGGACUUCGGCAGUCUGAACUGACGCUCGUUACGGAAUACUUCCAAACCAUGAAAAUGACCAUUGUUUACCUGCUGCUUGCUUUGACCACACUGUCAGGUUUGGGCGGAGCUUCCGAGCUGGCCUUCAUCAAGGAGCCCAGCGAUGUCAUUGCUGUGCGGGAUCGCCCCUUGAUGUUGGACUGUGAGGUGGAGGGGGAGGGGCCUAUCACUAUUACGUGGAGGCGGAAUGGCAUGCCCAUCACUACGGGCACCAGGAUGGCCGUGCUGGACAGCGGCAUGCUCCUGAUCCGGAAUUUCCAGAAGCGGCGCGAGAGCAACGAGACGGACGCGGGAGAGUACGAGUGUGCGGUGCGCAACCGCUAUGGCAUGCUGGUCAGCCGCAAGGCGCGGGUGCAGCUGGCAUCGCUUGCCAAGUUUCACACUCACCCCGAGUCCAUGGCCGUGGACGAGGGUGGGGUGGCACGUCUGCACUGUGCUGUUAAUGGAAUUCCUGAGGCGACCAUCACCUGGGAGAGGAACAGGACCACACUCAGCACAGAUGAGGACAGGUACACUCUGCUGCCUAAUGGUAUUCUGCAGAUCACUGGUGUUUGUCAUGCAGACAGCGGACUGUAUCGCUGCGUGGCCAGAAACAUUGCGAACACACGUUACAGUAACGAGGCCCAACUCACUGUCACUGUGGCGACUCCUCGUGCCUAUAAGGAGCCUGUGAUUCUCUCUGGUCCUCAGAAUCUCACUAUCAACAUCCAUCAAACGGCCAUCUUGGAGUGUAUCGCUACGGGCAACCCACGGCCCAUUGUAUCCUGGAGUCGGCUGGAUGGACGCUCUAUUGGCGUAGAGGGCAUCCAAGUAUUGGGCACGGGUAAUCUGAUCAUCUCAGACGUCUCCCUGCAGCACUCUGGGGUGUAUGUGUGCUCAGCCAACAGACCAGGUACCAGGAUGAGACGUACAGCCCUGGGUCGCCUGGUGGUGCAAGCUCCCCCAGAGUUUCUGCAGUGGCCGCAGUCUGUAUCUAAACCAAUAGGGGGCAGUGCAGUGUUUACCUGCCAGGCUCAGGGAGUUCCAGAGCCUCACCUCAUCUGGCUGAAGAAUGGCAAGAUCCUCACCCCAGGAGACAACGUCAAACUCACCAACAACAACAGCACUCUAGCCGUGACACGGAUCACGGCCGAGGACGAGGCCAUCUAUCAGUGCAUAGCGGAGAACAGCGCCGGCACCAACCAGGCCAGCGCUCGGCUGGCUGUGUCCCAGCCCGCGGAGCUCCCAGAGGCCCCGCAGGACCUGAGGGCCAGCCCGCUCUCGCCCACCAGCCUGGAGCUGCGCUGGGACCCGCCCGAGGCCAGCAAUGCCGACGGCAUCAUCGGCUACGUGCUGCACAUUCGCAUGCUUGGAGAGCCGGACAUCAAAGAGCUUCAAGAGGCAGUGAGUAAGGACACUUUCCAGCAUGACUUUAACAACCUUGAACCAGCAACCACCUACUCUAUCUACCUCAAAGCAUAUUCUCCUCUGGGGGCCAGCCAGAAGUCUAAUACUGUCAUUGCCACAACACUAGGAGGUGUUCCCACCAUGCCCAGUUUCCUCACGAAGGUGCUGAACACCACUGCACUGCAGGUGUACUGGGAAUUGCCCAGUAAGGCAGGGAAAGUGGAGGGCUUUAGGCUGUCCUACCGAAUGGUCUCGCACGAGCAGCUCAGCGCAGAAGAGCGAUUCCCCAGCCACAUCAACACACACACCAUCUCACACCUAGAGUCUGCAGCUGUGUAUGAGAUCCAGCUGGUAGCGUUUAAUGGGAAUGGAGACAGCAUCACCAACAAGCGCCUCGUCUCACUGGCUGAGAGCGAAACUGGAGGAAAGAACAGUGCUGGAGGCCAGAGCCUGUGCAACUGCAGGCAGGAUGGAGAAGACUCUAUGACAGGCAUAGUAGUUGGCAUCCACAUUGGAAUGGCGUGCAUCAUCUUUUGUGUGCUCUUCCUAAUGUUCGCAUACCGUCGCGGUUCAUUCUGCAGAAAGGGUACCCAGGAUGAGUGGAGUGUACCUCAGAGAGGGGCAGGGCUUCUCAGGAGUCUAAGGGACACAACAGCUAAAGAGGGAAUGAUCCGUACUACAGAGGCUAUAGAGCUAACGCCACAACAGCUUCAGGGCCAGGCACCAGGUGCCCACUGCCAGGUCCUCAUCGAGCAGCAGCCCAUCUGCCAGCCGUGCACUACCAUGGGCACAGGCACUGGGGCAGGCUAA